CGAAAGAGCUGCAACAGCGUGCGGACUCCAUUGAAAAUGGGGCAUUAAAACCUCCAACACGGGAGAGCACACGAGGUCCAACACGGAGCCAGACGUAUGCAUGGCCGUCCUUAAAACCUGAAGCAUACAGAGAACCUAACAAGACCACAACAGACCAGACCAGGUCGAACCCGGUCACCGAACCUCCACCCCCCUGUCCCCUUUCCCCUGAGCUUUGCAGGCUGCAUCAUCCACCACUCUGCAUUCGUCUCCCUCAUCAGGAAUUUAUUGUGCUGAUCAGACAACCUCACACCACUGGGUCUGGAAAGGAGGCCCAGAGGUUCCCCUCGCUGGAACUAAGCUGUGUCUGGCAAUGCCUCAGCCUAGCGUCAGUGGGAUGGAGCCUCCCUUUGGGGACGACUUUCAGAACUACUCGUUUGCUGACCAGGCCCUGACCAGCACUGAGCUGCUCGCCACGAGCGCUGACCCAGAUUUCAUGUACGAACUGGACAGAGACAUGACCCACCGACAGAGCCCCUGUCGGGACAGCGUGGUGGGAGUUGGGGACGGAGGCAAGGAGAUGGAGGGCUGUGUGGAUCAGCUCAUGGGUCUGGGCGAGUGUGAGACAGUCUACAGCAGCUCAGCGUUUGAACAGUGGGACUCCUACUGGGAAGACCUCACCAGAUAUACGCGGCUGGCCAGCUGUGACAUCUGGGGCACCAAAGAGGUGGACUUCCUCGGACUGGAUGACUUUUCUAGCCCCUAUCAGGAUGAGGAAGUGAUCGGCCGAACCCCAACGCUGGCUCAGCUCAACAGCGAGGAUUCGCAGCCUGUGUGUGAGGCGCUCUACCCCCCUGUUGACCUGACCUUGCCUGGCCCCCAGCCUCCACUGUCCCAGCUUCCCUGUCACAGUAAGAGACCCCUGAUCCCUGGACAAGGAUUGGGCCCCGGCAUUGCACGGCCCUCCCCGAGUGCCACAUCCUCCUCCCGUCCCUCCCGCAGCCUUCUCCCAGACUUCCCUGAAGGCUCCCAAAAAGCCACCAGGCCUGUCCCCUCCAGCACUGAGACUAUGGCCAAGACCCAGAGCCAUCUCAGUCUCAUCCAGGACCACCCCCAAGUUCAAACCAAGACUCAGGGGCAUGGAGCCAAGAUGGCAGCCCCACCCUCUAACGGCCCUGACUUUGUGCGGAAGGCUAAAGUCCGUGUGAGCGCUGUGCAUAAAGCUCAACCCGACAUGCCCUCCCCCACUGAUUCAGAUCCCCCUCUACCACUCUCCCAACCCCAAGAUGAGAAAGCCUCCACUUCAGCUAGUGCCACUUUGGUGGGACUUCCUGGUGCCUCAGCCAGUGGCUCUGGUAGCUUUGAGAGGAAGGCGGAGGGGGCAGGGAGACGAGAGUUGCCUGUAGCCUGGUCUGCCACUGUGCCUCAACUGGUCGAGGCGAGCCAGGCACUGGAGGGCAGCACCUCUGGGCUGGUGAGCAGCGGCGAUAGCGUGGCAGGAGUUAGUGGUAGUGUUCUGGUUGUCGAGGGCACGGAGAAAAGUAAGGAGGAGGAACACAACUACUCUCUGUUCCUGACCCGUAGCAGACUGGCCAGCAGAGCCCACUCCCAGCUGGAGGAAGACGAGGAGGAGGAGGAGGAGGAAGAGGAAGAGGCAGAGGAGGAGGAAGGCGAUGGGUUGGAGCUUGACGACGAAGACCACGAUGAGGGUUUUGGCAGCGAGCACGAGCUGUCUGAGAAUGAGGAGGAGGAGGAGGAGGAAGAGGAGGAGGAUGAAGACUACGAAGCAGACAAAGAUGACGACAUGAGUGACGCCUUUUCGGAGCCAGGCUGUGACGUGGAACUGAUGGAGGAUAUUAAAGGCCUGACAGCAGGAGUCUCAAGCCGGAAGAGAGGCAAGCGUCGCUACUUCUGGGAGUACAGCGAGCAGCUCACCCCCUCCAAACAGGAACGUAUGCUUAAGCCAUCUGAGUGGGACAGACAUACGCUGCCUAGCAACCUGUACCAGAAGAAUGGGCCUCUCCAUGGAAAAUACAUGCUGAAGAAGUCUCGUCGCACAGACGUUGAAGAUCUGACUCCCAAUCCACGAAAGCUGCUGCAGAUCGGCACUGAGCUCCGCAAACUGAACAAGGUGAUCAGUGACUUGACCCCCGUCAGUGAGCUGCCGCUCACUGCACGACCAUGGUCCCGCAAGGAGAAGAACAAGCUGGCGUCCAGAGCUUGUCGUUUAAAAAAGAAGGCUCAAUAUGAAGCAAACAAGGUGAAGCUCUGGGGACUCAGCACAGAGUACGAUCGGCUGCUGUUUGUGAUCAACGCCAUCAAGGAGGAGAUAGUGGUACGAGUGGAGGACUCUUCUCCGCGUUCAACCAACAUGACUGACACCCUGGACAGGCUUAUCCAGGAGACACUUGUUGCACCACCUGUUGCUGGGCAGACUUCAGACUUUGUCAACAAAAUCUUGGAAAACACAGGACGUGGCGAUCCCACUGGUGGACUGGUCGGUCUGAGAGUCCCAACCUCCAAAAUCUAGACAAACUGCAGGCCACUGAGAGGAGUGGACUAAACAUUACCACCGUGCUGUCCCAUUGUAACUAUGCUCCCCUCUGCAUGCCCCUCCAACCCAGACUACAUAUACAUUGUUAGCCACACAAGCACACAUACCACUCCAUGUGUGUAUGUAUGUGUGCUUGUUUUAGCCAUGCACCUGUAUGGCAUACACCCUAGCUUUCUGUCUCUGCACACUGUGUGCAGAGUCAGAGCAUCACUGUCUCCCAACCCAUCAUGAGCGUCGGGAAAAGCAUCUGUAAAGGCGAGUGAUGGUUAGGUGUAUAGCUAAUAGCACGUCCUAAAUCCACUGGUGAUUACUAGAUGUGUUUAACAUAGCAUUGUGUAGGGUCGGCUCUGUCGGAGGUCUGCUCCCUGCAGAGCCUGACCAUGGCUGAGACAGGAGACAGUCACAUGAGUGUAACCACUGGAAUACUUUCACAGGUUGUAAUGACAGAGGAAGAAUUGUUACAGCUUAGAGGAAACCAUUAAUGGGUAAAAAACCAGUUCCAGUCAUCCUUUCCUAGAACAUGGCAACACAAAUAAACUCCAGGAAAUUGUUAAAUUGACACACUCAGUAAAGCACUUUGAUGACAAUAGCUUUGGUUGCCGAGACGGCUGCAGAGAAAAAAAGCAGCGUGCUCCGAGGUGUUACAGGGUGGCAGGAAAUAUUUUGUAUUGAAGGCCUAAAUAUGUUCAUGCCAUCCCCUCAGCUCUGCUGUUGUUACCAUUUAGCAUCUGUAAUGCUUGAAACAAAAAAUCAGUAGUAGCUUAAAGUUAAAAAAUAAGCAACAGCAAUCCUGCUGGUCUGAAGUUUGAAGCAGGCAGGAGAACUAAUGGCUAAUUUUGACAAAAACAACAGGAGGCAGUUGACCGUGUGGAGAGGAAGCGCAUAUAGUUUGGUGCUUUUUGGCCUUGUGCUGGUUAUAACUGGACUGGGUGAAUUUGGCAUUUUAGCCAGCGUGGGAGCAGACUUGUGAGGAAGAUGAUGGUGGUGACGUUGAUGAAGAUGACAUAAACAGUGACCCAUCUCCUCUUAGAACUGUAUAUACGUGUUUCCCAGUGGGAAAAAAAGGCACCGACUCCCCUUUUUGUACAGUAGAGUUGACCAGGCUAACAGUUUGGUGUGUUCAUACUAGUGUUUGAUCAGAGUUCUAUUCAUUGUGCCUUGUGUAUGUAUGUGUGUGUGUUUCUGUAAGUCUGAGUGAGUGAAUGAGAGGAAUUGAGAGAGAAGACAUGAUUGGUCAGAACUCCCCGAGGUUCAGCCAAGGAGUAGACUGCUUUACAAUGAGUGAGAUUGUGGAUGCAUGGAGGGACACACCUGUGGGGUUUGUUGUGUAUUUCAGUUGUUUAAAGAUAUUCUGAAUGUACAUAAAAAAAUGGAAGCUCUCGUUGCGUGAUGCCACAGAGUCUGUGUAUAUAGGAGGGCUCUGCAAUAGAUUACUUAUGGUUUUUGGUACUCUUGUCUUUGGGGAUUUGGGGAGGGUUCACAGAUAUUUUUAGUUUAGAGUUACAAAAAAAAUAUUUGCACACUAUAUUUUGAUUGUUUUUUGUACCAAAGACACAUGCAACGAAAUGGCGACCAGCCAGUUAAAGUAAGGUUUUGCACAGCUUACCUGACGCCGUAUUGAAUGUAAGAAAUGUGGGAGGGUCAGGAAACUUCAUAGAACUGUGAAAUUAGCUUGGGUCCAAUUCUGUACAGAAAAGGAACAUUCAUUAAGUUUUUUAAAUCUAAAAAGUUAACCCCAUCUGUGGGCUUCUCCAGUAGAUUUGUUGCUUAGGAAGCACUUCAUUCCUGAACUGAUUCCUCCCUCCACAAGCUAUUUGUGUUAAUGGCGCUAUCUAGGACAAAAACCAAGAGCGCUAGUAGAUAAGCUAUGUUACAUUUUUGCUUGUUUGUCAAAAUGUCACCAACAAUAACCAAAAUGUUAUGUUCUUAUGUCACUUUGUUUGAUUUCUGUAUGUAGAUGAGGUCUAGUUCAUCAAAAAAAUAUUAACUGAAUUGUGUUUUAAAGUACUGUAUAUAGAAACAUUAAUGAUAUAUCUAUCAAUGGUGAAAUGCCACUUUUCAUGACAAUUGAUUCAUUUUUAAGCAUGACACAUUUCUAAAGCAUAUCCUUGCAUUGAGAAAGUUAGAGGAAAAAACUUAAAAACCAAACAAAAAAAGUUCUUGUUAUAUUUUUAUAUUUUAGCUGCCUGCUAUCUUUCCUGUUGGUUUGGAGGUAUUCAUUGGUCAGAUUCAGUGGAGGACAAAAAAAAGGAGAAGGGUCUUUAAGAGCAGCCAGUCAAUCUGAUAGUUCGUACAUGACACUUGACCUCUCCUGUCUCCUUGCUGGCUGAGUGAAAUACAGAGAAUCAGGACUGGAUUUAUUUAAAACACACAAUGCAGCGAAGCCAUGGUCUAGUUUGAAUGGUCUAUAAAGAGAAUGAGGACAUGCUGUCUUUAGCGAGGACAGUGACGGGUGUGAGAAAGCAAGAAACUCGGAGGACAACAGUGUGGAGGUGUGAGGGCAGAUGAGGAACCAGCUGCAGUGUUGUCACAGAUGCUGUUAGAAAGCCAAAGCCAUUUGAAUUUGUCCCAGAUUGAUCUGAAUUCAGCACUGCAUGUUGUCAUAUCCCCUCUUUUAAAUCAUGAAGUGAGUUGAAAUUUGCAUUUCCUGGGAUUGACAUUGCUGCCUUUGAGGUUGUGUCGCUGAAUUUUAUCUGUGCCUGGCCUUCGGUCCUCAGCUUCCAUCCCUCUUGACUAGUCAGAGCAGUAUAAACAAAAUCACUUUGUUCACCAAAACACACACACACAGUUACAAUAAUAAGGCCACAAACUGGCACCGUGUUCAACCUUUAACAAUGCAUGAUGCCUGUAUGCUUACCUCCCUGCUACCUCCUCAGAGGAAACACUGACAUUCCCAGGAAUUUCAAAAUUCAACCCAAAUUCACUCUGUUGGUGGGCAAAUGAAACAAAAUGCAUUUGAUGAGGCUGAAUUCAGCUUAGUUUGAGGUGAAGAACGUACACCGAUGAUGGUGAUGCAGAGCUGUGGUUUUUCUGUAUCGUGACUGAAAAACAGCUAGUGCUACAUAUAUAUAUAUAUCUAUAUAUAUUUUUACUGUUUUCUGUUCCGUCUAAAAAGGGAGAAUUGGUGCUUUUUCUGAAACUAGAACGAUGAGUAUCCAUGAUUCUUAUUUGACUUCUUAGUCUAGUUGUAGCCGAAUGACUUGCUCUCCCCUCUACCGUCCACAGCUAUUUUCUUAGUAGUGAUUCAUUUUUGUAAAUAAACUAUAAUUUAAUAUGUAUCUUCUAAAUGUUAGAUAUAUGUAUAGAAUACUCUAUCUUAUAUGUUUAAAAACAAAAGCACUUUGUCCAAAAAAGGAAAAAACAAACAAAAAGAAAAGCAUUUUUUUUCUUCCAUUUGCUGCUAAAAGGCCUGGUGUGAAUGCUGCAAGUGUACUUGACGACUACUUGCUAGGACCGGUCUAUUACCUGACUUGGCUAAGUCUA